AUGGAUUUGUCUUCAUCCUCUUCUACUGCAUCAGUUUUUGCCAAAAGGAAGAACCCAUUUGACAAAGAAGACCAGGAACCUUCUUGUAGCACUCCAAAAAAGAUUAGUUGUAAAGAGACGAAUCAAGAAAUGAUAUAUGGUAGCGUAUACAAGGCAACUACUUUUAGCCGGUCAACGCAAACUUUAUAA